AUGGACUACCGGCGACCGACGGCGGCGCGAGGCAUGUCGGCCAGCGGUGGAGGCGGUGGCCGUGGCUACGACUCGGACGCCUCGACGACGAUCGACUCGCUCAAGGACCUCAUGGCAGCCAGCCAGCGCGGCGCGUUUCGGCACGGCGCCACGCGCGAAGACGACCUGCUCUUUGCAGCACGACACGCACGGCCACAGGGGAUGCCGGCACAGUUCCGCGAGCCGCCCUCGUCAACGGGAUCCCACGGAACCGUGACGCUGAGCUCAAUCCACGACGACAGCACCGCGUCAAUGAUGUCGGCCGGUCCCGACGCCGAGUCGACCCGCGCGUCGGUGCACUACCAGCGAGGUCGCUACCGCGUGCACAAGUCGACCGGCCGCUUUGGUGGCAGCCAGGAAGGCGACGCUGGCAACAGCAACAGCAAGAACACCAAGAACACCAAGAACACCAAAAACAAGAACAGGGCUGACGUCCUGGCCGGCGUCGUCAACACGUCCGCCCUCUUCCGCACCUUCAAGGAGUGGCAGCCCGAAGACGCGGCAAAAGACACGGCGCCAUCGGCUACGUCCGAACGGAGCGACGAUGGCGACUUGGACGAUCGGCGCUUUGACGGCCGCGACGACUCGACGACCAACUUUGGCAUCCUCGACAAAUUUGCCAGCAUGCAGCCGAACAAGAACAGCCCGCAGCAGCGCAACCGGGAAAACAAGGAGAAUCAGAUGCCGGUUCGACCAUCACCCCGGCGCACUGCUUCGGCUGCAAUGCCGUCGCGAAAGAACAGCCGUGGCGUGCUGCAGGCAACAGUGCAGAACGAAUCAGACAUGUCGGUGAUCAUGUCGACAGCCGUGCCCGCCCAGAGGACACCGACCAAGGCCGGCCAGACCACGUCUCCGCGCCGGUCAGUCUCGGCUGCUGCUGCGCCGUCGAAGACGGCCAGUCCCAGGAACGGUAGCGACAGCAACGACAACAACAGGGGAAAGCAGGGAGCUAGAAUGACACACAGUGGCAAUAAUAUCGCAACGGCGCCCUCGCCCAUCCUGGAGGAAGGUCUGACCUCGCCAGAGACAUCGGCAGCCUCGAACGAUCACGCAAACUAUCCGCCAGUGCGGUCCUUUGGCGCCAUGGCAUCGCUGUCGACACGCAACGGGAAAUCGGCUGCUGCUGCUUCCGUUGCUGCUUCUGUUUCUACUGCUGGCACUGGCGCUGCAAUGACCACAGACAGCCACGAUGCGGCGACAAACCAGUCAUUCGUCGUCCCGUCCAGGUCGUUCCCGAUCCUGCAAAACCUCGUCUCCGGCACGCUGCGAUUCACACCGGGCACGUUUUUCUACGGCACAUCAGUAGCUGCCCAGCGCGAAUACCAGCUGCCGGCUGGCCGUGUGCCUGCAGACGAGAAGAAGAUCUUUGUGGACGCCGAAAAGGUCCGAGAGGAGGUGAUGCGGCUGCAAGAACACGACGAGAUGCUCCAAAACGAGAUCAUCCACGGCGAACGCAAGUACCAGGCACUGGUAGAGCGCUUUUACAACCUCGCUGCCAAAGCAUCGGACAGCGGCUUCGACUCCGAGUCUGACCGACUGGCGGCCCAGGAGGAAGAACAGCGGGAGUGGAACGGAGCUCUGCAAGACCGGGUCCUCGAGCUGGAAGCGGCUCUGGAAGCAGCACAUGUUCACGGCGAGGAGCAGGCGCAAUCUGCAGCAGAUGCGGCCACGCAGCGGGAUACAGCAGUGGACAAGGCCAAGAAGCUGCAGGCAGACCUGGUGGCAGCCCGCGAGAGGCUGGUUCUGACGAGCCAUGCAGCUGAUCAGGCAGCUGACCAGGCAGCUGACCAGGCAGCUGACCAGGCAGCCGACCAGGCAGCCGUCCGCUCGUCGACGCAGGAGGCCCAACGACGCAUUCGACAACUGGAGCAGAUGGUGGCCGAGCGGGAACGGGUGAUCAAGGCGCUGCGGGAUGAGAGCGAAGCGGCGGUGAGCAGCCAUCGCGAAGCUUGCCGGCUGCUGCGGGAGCGGAUUGCACGAUUGGGUGCCGAGAAGAAUAUGGCGCGUGGUGAUCAUGCCAAGUGCGAAGAAGAGAAGCAGACGAUGAGGGCAGCACGGACACAUCUGACGCAGAAAAACAAAGCGCUGCGCGAGAAGAAUGCAGAGCUGCGAGAACGCGUCCAGACGGUCCGACAGCAGGCGCAAGAACGUGAGACGGUCCUGCGCGGCGUGAUGGAGCGGCAGCGAACACAGAUGAGCCGACAGCGGACGCAGCUGAAGAGCAGCAGGGAGAAGGGUGUGCGGCAGCUGGACGAAGCCUUUCAGCGGCUGCGAGCCUCGUGGGCAGCCACGGAGGAGGGUAGGGAGGAGACGAUCACGCUCACGCAGAUGGCCAAGGUGCUGGGACAGUGGGAAGAAAAGGAAGAUGACCACGACGAGAAGCCGGACGAGGAUGACGAUGUCGAGGAGGCCGAAGAGGAUGUUCUGUUGGACCGGCUAGCACCCAUCGAUGAGGAGGAUGAACAGCACCAGCACGAGCAUCAGCAUGAAACAGAAGACGAGUCGGAAGACGAGCAUCUAUCCAUGGACGAGAACAUGACAUCGGCCUUUAUCAUUCCGGAUCUCGACUUUGCCACGCCAGAGGAGGAGCUGACGGGUGAGGAAGAGGCCGAGCAGCAGCAGCAGCAGCGACAGCGACAGCGGCCACACAAGCCCAGUCACGCCAAGUCAGUAUCGUUUCAGAUGGAUGCACGGUCGACGGUGGCCCCGACGACCAAUGCAAAGAGUCCAGUCUGCCAGCACAGCCAGACGAACUGCGUGGUGUGUCGGCAGAAGGCGGGGCCGCCAGCCGCGGCAGACGAGCGAGUGACGGUGGUAGUGCCGCGGCCGAUGGAGCCGGAAGCUGUGGCCGAAGCCAAGACGGACGUCCGAGUCCAGGUCGAUGUGGCAGCCUCCGUCUCGUUUGCGGCCAUGGAUCCAGGCCAUGCGCUGGCGUACGUCAUGAAGCUGCUGGACGACGAGCGGCGGCAUUUGUGGAUGCAGAUCGAGACGAGUCGGCAGGGUGGCGCGCCCGAGGCGAACGGCGGACGACCGCCACGCAAGGCCCAGCGCGAGCCCGAGAUCCUGUGGCAGGCGUAUGUGCGCAAGGUCGAGCAGCUCAACCGGCUCGACGACGUGGCCGUGGGCCAGCGGGCGUCAGGGCAGGCCAUGACGCGCGAGGAGGUCGACGUGACGAUCAACCGCAUUCUCGGGGGCGAGGAGAAGGAGUGGUAA